GUACUGCAGUCUCCACAAACUCCUCUGUCCACGCCGUAACAGGUCAAUCCCAAACCACAGCACACAGCCCUGUUGUAAAGAGCCAUACCUCAGAGCCCUCAGUAAAAUCAACAGCACCGACCAACUUGAGUCUCACCUCUGCGGGUCAAACUACCACAGACAAAACCUCUUCCAUUGCUACAACGCUGCUGGUGUUGACUGCGCGACAUGAAAAGUCCAGCGAAAGCAGAAGCACAGCGGCUUCACCACCACAAGGUCAAGAGCCCAGGAGAAGUGAGAGUACCACAACAUCACCAACACAAGGUGCUCUUUUCUUUCUCACGCAGAGCAAUGGCACCUCAAAGCCCAUCACCCCAACACCGAAGUCCUCUGAUCACUUGCCUACACCCACUCCCACAGAUGACAAAUCACCGCUGACGGUGGCAGCUUUUGGUGUCAUCAGCUUCAUCGUGAUCCUGAUAGUGGUUGUGAUCAUUCUGGUCAGCGUGGUCAGCCUGAGGUUCAAGUGUAACCGCUCAAAGGACUCCGAAGACAAGCAGAAACCAGGGACCUCCAUGGUAUCAGAGAGCUGCUCGGCAAGCCCAAGCCAGAAGGACAACAGCAUCACUCUGAUCUCCAUGAAGAACAUCAACAUGAACAACAGCAUGAGUUACCCGCCGUCAGAAAAG